UGAAGUAGUACAAGUUCUCAGUUUUGAAAGAAAAACUCAAAUCAAGGGAUUUUCUUUCGCUCAUCAUUAUUAUUACAAUUACAAUCAAUUUCAACAACGCUUCAAACGCUUUCCGUUUUCGUCUUUUCGAUUCCCAAUUUCUCUCUUUCUAGGGUUUCGUUUCUCACUCUUUCUUCCGCAUCAAUGGCUUCCACACCUCCUUCCUUCUCUCCUUCUCGCACCACCUGCGCUUCUCUCCUCCGUCAAUUGCAGGUGAUAUGGGAUGAGAUUGGGGAGAGUGACACUGAUAGAGACAAUAUGCUUCUUCAACUGGAGCAAGAGUGCCUUGACAUUUAUUACAGAAAGGUUGAGCAAACCAGAAAGCACAAAGCUGACUUAAAUAAGUGGUUGGAUGAUGCUGAAUCUGAACUCGCAGAUAUUGUUUCUUCACUUGGGGAUGAUUGUGUGUCGAUCUCACGGGGAAAGGGUACUCUGAAGCAGCAAUUAGCUAACAUUAGACCUGUAUUAGAGGACUUGAAGUCAAGGAAGGCUGAGAGAGUUGAGGAAAUUUUAGAAAUAAAGUCCCAAAUAUCACAGAUAUGUGCUGAAAUAGCAGGCUGUGGACAGUCCAAAGGUGUCACGGAUCAAGAUGUUGAUCAAUGUGAUCUGACCAUGGAGAAAUUGGGGGAACUUAAAUCGCAUCUUCAUGAACUUCAAAAUGAAAAGAUCUUACGCCAGCAGAAAGUGAAAAGUCACAUCAGUACUAUCAGUGAGAUUUCAGCUGUAAUGUCAAUUGAUAUUUGGAAGACUUUAAACGACAUCCACCCAAGCCUGAGCGGUUCAUCAAAUGGUGCACCACAAUGCAUUAGUAAUGACACUCUUGCUAGAUUAACUGGGGUUGUUCUUUCAUUAAAGCAGGAAAAGCAACAAAGGCUACAAAAGGUACAAGAACUUGUUAAGUUUUUGGUAGAGUUAUGGGAUCUUAUGGAGAUACCCAUUGAUGAGCAAAAGGCCUUUAGCCAUGUUACUAGAUUAAUUUCAGCAUCAGUUGAUGAAGUGUCAACCCAAGGUGGCCUUUCUGCUGAUGUCAUUGAGCAGGUUGAGGUUGAAGUUCAGCAGUUAAAUGUUUUGAAAGCCAGUAAGAUGAAGGAAUUAGUGUUUAAAAGACAGAAUGAACUUGAAGAAAUAUACAGAGGAGUUCACAUGGAUAUGGAUAGUGAAGCUGCUAGACAGACUCUGACCAGCCUCACAGAAUCUGGUAAUGUUGAUAUGUCUGAAUUGCUUCAAAGCAUGGAUGAGCAAAUCAGGAAGGCCAAAGAGCAAGCUCUAAGCAGAAGAGAUAUCUUAGACAGGGUGGAGAAAUGGAAAUUUGCUGCUGAGGAGGAAAAGUGGUUAGAUGAAUAUGAAAGGGAUCAAAAUCGAUAUAGUGCAGUAAAAGGAGCACACAAAAAUUUGAAGCGUGCGGAGAAAGCACGGAUUCUUGUCAGCAAGAUUCCAUCUGUGGUUGAGAAUUUGACUGCAAAAGUGAAAGCAUGGGAGACGGAAAAAGGAAUACCUUUCUUAUAUGAAAAGGUUCUGUUGUUGAAUAGCUUGGAUGAAUACAACGUACAACGACAACUGAGAGAAGAAGAGAAGCGGAAAUCUCGGGAGCAGAAGCGGCUUAAUGAACAACUUGCUGUAGAGCAAGAAGCAAUGUUUGGUUCAAAAUCUGCAACAAAGAAGCCUCUGAACCAGAGCAGUCAUGUUAACACUUUAGCUGGGACACCAAACGGGCGCCGGAUGCAUACUCCUUCAGGCCGUUAUGGAACAUCGGGUGCAAAGGAUCGUAGGGAAAGUGGCAGAGUGAAUAACAUAAUUCCAGUGAACUAUGUUGCUCUUGCGAAAGAUGAUUCUGUUUCAAGGGGCAGUUAAAGCUGCCCCUCAAAUUUGACUCAUGAUCAAUACAGAAAGACUGUAUAAGUUGUGAGCUAAUAAAAAUAAAUUACAGAAAAGUGAUUCAUACUCAUUCAUGGCAGUAGUUGGAAUAAGGCAUGUUGUUUCAACUUUACUAGAGUUGGAACAUAUGAAAGAAGUAUCUAUCACUUGCAUCUUCUACAACAGAAAAGUUGUUCAGUAAUUCAAAGUAGGAUUUGUUCUUGACAACCACGAUACUCAUUUGAUAAAUCUUAUUUUAG